CGCUGAAAUUCAAAUUUGAACAGUUGUUUUGUUGUGCAGAGAGAAGUAGGAGCCGAAAAAAGAGAAGAGAAACUGAGAACCGCACAGCUUGCCUCACUUAGGUCCUGCUUUUGUACACUAAGUGUGUACAACACUUGUAAAAUACAACGUUGUUUUAAUAUUGCUCGAUUCGGGAUAUACUGUCUAAAAUGGAUCCAUUUACUGAGAAACUGUUGGAGCGGACCCGGGCUCGCAGAGAAAACCUGCAGAAGAAAAUUGCGGAGAGACCAAAUGCAGCAAACAGACAGAUGGUCAAAAGGCCCAGAGAGCCACUGGCUGACACAAACAGUGUGAUCAGUGAGCCAGCCAUUGAUAAAGUUCCACAGGUGUCCUCUAAGCCCUCUCCCUCCAAGCGCAGGUGCUCAGAGGAAAAUGUAGCCGGCGCGGAGAACCAGGAGCCAGCGAUGACACGAGCUGUGGCUCCUAUGCUCUCGGAUCCUCCCACAGACAGGAAACCCCCGGUGGGGCCUGCCGGCGUUCGACCUUCCUCCUCCCUGGAGAAGACUGCUAACCGGCCUGUUGUCCGGUCUCAGCCAGUGCAGCAGGCAGCUCCAGAGCCAGAGAAGAUGGCUGUCACCCUUGCUCCUAAUCCUCCAAGCAGCAGAGAAGUAGAGGCAGUGCCUGCCAGUUCAGCCCUGCAGAGGAACAAGGAGGAGCUGGUGGAAGACUCAGCUCCAUCUGCUGCUGGCAUGAAGUCUCGUCUGCAGAGGCUGGCAGAGCAGAGAAAGUAUUGGGAUGGCGAUGACACCCCUGAGACAGUUCCAGACUGCACCCCCAUGUCCCUGUUGCAGAGACAAGCUGAGGUCACACCAGCUGUUGUCCCCACCGUUUCCUCUGGAACACCGGUAGGGAGGAGAGGCAGACUCGCCAACCUCGCUGCCACCAUCGGAUCCUGGGAAGACGACCUUAGCCACGCUAAUAUUCCCAACGAGGAUGCAAAAGAGAAGCCUUCUACAGCUGUUCCUAAGUUUGCAGUCCGAGAUGCUACUGUAGCUGCCAGCACUAAGCCAAGUGCUGCAGGCCUACAUGUGGCGGCCAGUUCAACUGCAAGCAGUAGGUCUACACCCAGCUCUCAGCAGGCUUUGUUCUCUCCAGCAAAGCCUGGCCGAGUGUUUCACCAAAGUCCUCAGGACGCUGACAUUCCUGCUGCCAGACCAGCACUUAAGCCAGCAACCAGUCCCCAGAAGAGCUCCAUCCAGGGAACAGCCUUCCCCUCCAGUCCCCAGAAGGCUGGCCCCUCCUCCUCAGCAUCAGUGCCUCAAAGCCCUCUGAAGAGUCAGGCCCUCUCCAGGGGUCUUAUCCCCACCUCCAGCCCCCAGAAGCCAGAACUCCGUGCCAGGCCCACCACUUCCGGCCCCUCUGGUCCUCAGGAAAUGGCCGCUGCUGGAGCGCCUGGUGUAAAAUCUUUUCUGGAGCGCUUUGGCGAGAGGUGCCAGGAGCGUACCAACCAGAGCUCCCCAGCAGGGUGCACGACCCAUGCCAAGUCUCCCACUGUAACUCCAUCAGCAGUCACACCAAACACCCGGCUGGUACAGGAGAGGCUCCGAGCUGCCCAGGCUGCGAGCACAACCACCGCUGAGCUCGCCCAAAGACAGAAGCUGGAGCGCGAGUCUGAGCUGGCUCAGAUUCGCAGUCGCUUCCAGAAGGGGAACAAUAUGUGGAAAAACAAAGAUGAAGCGGCAGAAACCAAUAAAAAUGCAGACAUCAAGCUUGACAAGCCAGUGGAGGCUGAAGUUGCCCCAUGUGAGCCACAGGGGGAACCCACAGAACCCUCUACUGAGAGUACAGAUACACCCACAAAGUGCACUCCUCCAGCAGGUUAUGGGUUGAUGGUCUCGCCUCCAGCCUCGACAUCCAGUCCUCUGAGGGUGGUCGGCCACACUGUAGAGAAAACGAGUGAUGAAACCCCAGAAGAAGAAGAAGAGGUGGUGGUCAAAGAGAGAGAGAUGAACGUGGACCAGUCCAUCAACUCUGCAGUUAUCAAUGAGCUGUUUGAUGGCGUCCUGGAGCAGAGUGAUGAUGAUGAUGAUGAUGAUGAGGAAGAUGCUUUAAAUAUCUCCUCCAUGUCGCUCCUCACUCCACUAGCAGAGACUGUGGCUGCUGUGGUGAAAAGUCCAGAGAGAAGAAUGAUGACGUCAACUCCGGCCAGCUCAUUCAUCUUGAAGAGCAACACUCCGGAUAAUGUUUCCAGACCUAGCAAGUUCCAGAGAGCCAACGCAAUGCGGGCUGCAUCUACAGACGGCGAGGACCCCAAACUGCCAUAUAGCAUUGAUGCAUAUAGGUCCAUCAGGGUGAAAGAGACAGAGAGACCCAACAUAAAACAGGUGAUUGUGAGAAAAGAGGACGUUUCUCACAGAGCGGAGGAACCCAGAGGAACAAGCCUCUUUAGCAUCAAACAGAAGAUGAAGAUUCUGACAAAUGAGCUGAACCUGCAACAGACAGUCAUUCAUCAGGCCAGUCAGGCACUCAACUGCUGCACUGAUGAAGAGCACGGCAAAGGAUCCCAGGUGGAGGCUGAGGCAGAGAGGCUGCUGCUGGUGGCAACGGAGAAGAGGGAAGCGUUGAAGGUGGAGCUGGACCGUCUGAAAGGAGACCCAACAAGCCAGAAAAAGGCCUCUGUGGCCCCAGAACCUAUGAGCAUGGCGGCCUCCAAGGGCUCUGUCACCCUGCAGGAGUUGCGCCUGCCUCUCAAAGCAGACUUUGUUUGCUCCAUUGCCAACAAGCCAGAGUCCACCAAACAUUCCUUCUUUGUAAUGAUUCGGGCUGGAGCAGAGAACACUGUGGCCACACCAUUAGCCAGCACACACCGCGGCCUCAGUGGGGACACGCUGGCUUUCCCUACCAAGUUCACCAUAUCUGAUGUUUCCAGUGACUUUGUAAUUGAUAUAGAGGUCUAUUGCUUGGUGCAGAAACGUGACGUCUGCAGUGACAAGAAGAAGAAACCCAGCAAGUCAAAGAGAAUAUGGAGACAGGUUCAUGAGGCCCAAGAUUUGUGUAUGUCGGCUAUCACUCCAAAGAGAUUCCUCGCCAUCACUAAAAGUGGCCAGACACCAGUUGUGGCCAGUCCAGGAGGCCCCAAUGCUGUUCGCACCAGUAACUUCAUCCUGGUCGGAUCACACAAACUCACCCUGUCCUCGAUUGGGAAAAACAAGUUCCCUUUGGAGAAGAUCAAAUAUGAAGCAAGGGAAAGAGAACUACUCAGUGACAUGUUUCAUACCAAGGUGCCGUUCCUGUGCCCUCUGGAGGGCCACGUCUACCUCACCAUGCAGUGUGAGGUUGGCUCAAAGGUGGAGGAGAAGGGCUUCCUGACGAUGUUUGAAGAUGUGAGUGGAUUCGGAGCCUGGCACCGGAGGUGGUGUGUCCUGUCGGGAUACUGCAUCUCCUACUGGACCUACCCAGACGAUGAGAAGCGCAAGAAUCCCAUUGGUCGCAUCAACCUGGCUAACUGCACCAGUAAGAAGGUGGAACCAGCCAACAGAGAGUUUUGUGCAAGACCCAACACAUUUGAGCUGAUAACAGUCCGGCCACAGAGAGAGGAUGACAAAGAAACACUAGUCAGCCAGUGCAAGAACACCAUGUGUGUCACCAAAAACUGGCUGUGUGCAGACACAAAGGACGAGAGGAAUCUGUGGAUGAAGAAACUGAACCAGAUUGUGGUGGAUCUGCGAAUGUGGCAGCCAGACGCCUGCUACAGGCCGCUGUAAUCACUGCACUCUGUCCCAACCAGCCCUUCUGUCAAUAUCAGGGACACAUGGCCAAUACAAAGUGCAAUACACUAUAAGAAUUGUUAAAUAUUUUUAACUUGUGGAUAUUUUCCAGAAGAUUAGUAAUCAAACACGUUAGUGUUUAAGUUAUAGAUCAGAGGAAAGUAAAUAAAGCCAUACAUUUGAAACAUUUCAGUACAGUAUUUUGUGUAGGAGUCGGGGUUUGGCUCUGGGUUCUUAUACACCUCUAGAAUGGUUUGAUACUCUGUUUUUGGGGUAUUUUUGUUUUGUGUUGCUGAAUUGUGUUAUGUUAAUGCCAAUAUUAAGUGUUCUUGACACAUUGCAUGGCUUUAAAUUAUUUGGUUUUAAAGCUAAAAUCAAAAUAUAUAUAUAUAUAUGUGUUUGAAUUACAGAGAAAUACUAAUUUGAGGCACCACAGUUUUAUCACAUUUUAUCCUGCUUGACAGCACAGAACAAUACUUAUAUGUUUUUACUUUAUAUAUUAGCUUUUAUAAUUUGCGGCAGGACUUUCACAUCUUUUCUUUAUUGUCGUGCACAGAUUUUUGGUUCCAAUUAUACCCCAGGUUUUGUUCUUUUUGAAAUGUUUGUUUAGUGUUGUGUAUUGUUCUGUAAAUGUUGGUGUGGAAGUUCAAGUUUUGCAUAACUGGGGGUAAGGUCUGUUACAUAUUCCAUGCUAGAACCUGACCAAACACUCAUUUUUAUGAAAAUGCAAAACAAACAUUUUUUGAUAACGGUCCAGUUUUGGAUAUAACAGAGGUAUAAACAAAUGAUUUACAAGUCUGAACAUUUUACAGUGUGAACACAAAGUAGUCAGUGCUCUCUCGUGGAUAAACUGUGUAACACUGCUUGUACUUGACUUUAAACACAUUCUACUGCAGUACAGUACAGUUCAAAAUGUAUCAGCCAGUCUUUACUCUGUAACUGAUGUUUUAAAGAAUGGCCCAUCUACACAAAAGAAGUUAUUUUGUUCCAGCAUCGUAUUGGCUUUCUCGGUAGAUGUAGCAAUGGCCACUACAAGUUGUGUCUACAUCUUUGUAUCCUGUCAAAGUGCGGAUUUGUUUAUUUUUAAAGGAGAAUUUGUAAUUGCUUAUGCAGAGUAUGUAACAGACUUUACAGUGACCCUGCAGGGUGUUGGUAAAUGUAAUUUCAGAUUGAGAAUUUCACAUUAGUCCAAGUAGAAGACGACACUUUUUCAUCAUGUUGGUAAUGAACUACACCAGAUGUACUGUUUACGCAUACCCUUCUCUACAUACGAGUUCAUCAUGAAGCAUGCAAGUGAGUGAUAAUAUGUUAGUGCUUUCAACAGCGAGUUUAACAGACUUCAGUUUGUCAGGUAUUUGUGCAUCGAUCAAUAAAUGCCUACAAAAUGGACCAGGUUA